AUGGGUCUCCACGAAGAUGAGGACCGCAAGUUUGCGGAGGAUGUCCAGGCCGUCAAGAACUGGUGGAGCGACUCACGAUGGCGCUUCACUAAGCGGCCUUUUACCGCUGAAGCAAUCGUCGCUAAGCGUGGCACUUUGACCGUCCAAUACCCUUCCGCUGUUCAGGCCAAGAAGCUCUGGAGCACCUUGGAGAACAACUGGCAGACCAAGCAAGCUAGCUACACCUAUGGCUGCCUCGAACCCACAAUGAUUACCCAGAUGUGCCAGUUCCUUGACACUAUCUACGUUUCUGGCUGGCAGAGCUCCUCAACAGCUUCGUCCACGGACGAGCCCUCCCCCGAUCUGGCUGAUUACCCGAUGGACACUGUGCCCCGCAAGGUCAACCAACUGUUAAUGGCACAGCUCUUCCACGACAGGAAACAGCGCGAGGAGCGCAUUACUACCCCCAAGGACCAGCGCUCCAAGGUCGCAAAUGUCGACUACCUGCGUCCCAUCAUUGCUGAUGCUGACACUGGUCACGGUGGACUGACCGCCGUUAUGAAGCUCACCAAGCUGUUCGUUGAGCGCGGUGCGGCUGGUAUUCACAUUGAGGACCAGGCUCCUGGUACCAAGAAGUGCGGCCACAUGGCCGGUAAGGUGCUGGUUCCCAUCAGCGAGCACAUCAACCGUCUGGUUGCUAUCCGUGCCCAGGCCGAUAUCAUGGGCUCCGACCUUCUGGCCAUCGCCCGUACCGACUCCGAGGCUGCCACUUUGAUCACCUCGACUAUUGACCACCGUGAUCACGCAUUCAUCGUCGGUGCCACCAACCCCAACCUCCAACCUCUGAACGACCUGAUGGUCGCUGCCGAGCAGUCCGGCAAGAACGGUGCUGAGCUUCAGGCUAUUGAGGAUCAGUGGACCACUCAGGCUGGUCUCAAGCUGUUCGAGGAGGCUGUCAUUGACACCAUCAACGCCGGUGUCUCUGGCAACAAGCAAGGUCUGGUCGAGCAGUACCGCAAGGCUGCCAAGGGCAAGAGCAACACCGAGGCCCGCGCUAUUGCCAAGGGCAUCACCGGAGUUGAUAUCUUCUGGAACUGGGACUCUCCCCGCACCCGUGAGGGCUUCUACCGCUACAAGGGUGGCACUCAGUGCGCUGUCAACCGCGCGAUUGCCUACGCUCCCUUCGCCGAUCUCAUCUGGAUGGAGAGCAAGCUGCCUGACUACAAGCAGGCCAAGGAGUUCGCCGAUGGUGUGCACGCUGUGUGGCCCGAGCAGAAGCUCGCUUACAACCUGUCGCCCUCGUUCAACUGGAAGAAGGCGAUGCCCCGUGAAGAGCAGGAGACCUAUAUCAAGCGUCUCGGCGAGCUGGGAUACUGCUGGCAGUUCAUCACCCUCGCCGGUCUGCACACGACCGCGCUCAUCUCACAUCAGUUCGCCAAGGCUUAUGCCAAGAACGGCAUGCGUGCCUACGGCGAGCUGGUCCAGGAGCCUGAGAUGGAGCAAGGCGUUGACGUUGUCACUCACCAGAAGUGGAGUGGUGCCAACUACGUCGACAACCUGCUCAAGAUGGUCUCUGGCGGUGUGAGCAGUACCGCUGCCAUGGGCAAGGGUGUGACUGAGGACCAGUUCAAAAACUGA